AUGGAGCGCAAAAACGAUGAGAAAGAGCAGGCGAGGCAGCUGAAGGAGCUGCAGGACAAGAUGGCGGAGAUGCAGGAGAAGAUCGCGGAGAUGCAUGCGGCGGAAAUGGAGCGUGUGCGCAAGGCGAAGGUUGCGGAUGAGAUUGCGCGAGUGCGCGCAGAGGAAGAGAAGGUGCGCGCAGAUCGAAAGAAAGAGGAGAGGCGGCAAAUGCGUGCGGAGAAGAAGGCUGCGGACGCAGCGUAUGAGGCUGAUCUGGCGGCUGUUCUAGCGAACGCGGAAAAGCUACUUGCUGCCAAUCAAGAGAAGUGGAGGCAGCAAGAGCUCGUGCUAGAGGAGGAGAGGCGUGCGAUAGAGGUGAGCGAUCGUGAGAUGGAGGAGCGGGCUCGCCGGCGAAAGCAGCUCCUGAAGGAGAACGAGGAGAGGAGGGUGGCGGGUGAGGAGGAAGCCAUCUUGUCACGGAAGGUCGGCGAGAUGAUGGCUGCCCUCGAUGGUGUUGCCAAUUUUCUUGACGUCUCCGCCGCCGACAAGGCUGCCGCUGAGAAGGCCGCCGCCGAGCAGCUCAACCCCCAUGGGCGCUCCGGUGGCUUCGCCUCACGUGGUAGUCGUCGUGGUGGUCGUGGUGGUCUUGAUGGUCGUGGUCGUCUUAGUGGUCGUGGUGGUCGUGUUGAACCUUAUGCUCGGCCGGACAAUUCGUCUCAGUAUGCCCGGGACUUUGUGAGCGAAGUCAAGACAGAUGACGUGCCUGCCGCGGAGAAGGCAGCAGAGGAUCGUAAGAAGGCAAAAGCGUGGCAGACUGCAUCUGAAGCAGCUGCUGAAGCCUCUUCGCCGACACCUGCCCCCGCUGCUCCCGCCACUUCUCAGGCCGCACCCACACUUGCCGCCACUUCCGGUACCCUCGAUAGCAUCAAGCUCAGCGAGGCAGACCAGCGGGCGGCGUUGGAAGACGACUGA